AUGAGCAGCUCUGAUUCAUCAUGGAGAGUCCUCGAAGAGGGGAAGCCGGAGUGGGAGAUAGAUGUGCAUCAGCGAGGGGCGUCUGUCAACGGUAACACCUACUUUUUUGCUCAUGACAGAUUUGAUGAUAUAGAGCCUGACGCUGACGGAUCGAUCCCAGUUGACGGAGUUGAAGAUUUCUUACUCUGUUUUGACUUUACCAAAGAGAGGUUUGGACCACGCCUCCCUCUUCCUUUUCACUCUUACAAUGAAGACUGUGUCACCCUCUCAAGCUUCCUUAGAGGUGAUGAUGAUGAGCAGCUUGCGGCCCUGUUUGGUGGUUGUGAAUCUGACUUUUUUGAGAUUUGGGUUACCCUUUCGGUUGAGCCCAACCAUGUGUCCUGGACAAAGUUUUUGGUAGUGGAAACGGGGGGGCCUAUAUUCACUCGUUUAAAUUUUAAGCUUAGCACAUAUUUUGGUGGGAGCUUCUUUGUUGAUGAGGAAAACAAAGUUGCUGUGGUGUUUGAACGAGUCUCAUAUAUAUCCAUCUCGGCCCCUCCUCCGAGUCAACACACCGCUUUUGUGUUUGGACAAGCCGGCUACAUCCAAUCUGUUAAUCUCGGACAGGCUCUCAAACUCCAACACUUUUCCCCCUAUUCCGGAAAGCACUGUCAAGCUCUUCUUCCCCCACUUGUUUGCUCUUCCUCUUUUCGUCCAACCUUAGUCCAAGUCAGUUGA